GACGUUACAACCUCUAUUUAUAAUCUCAUCUCUCAGUUUCCAUAUGGCUGAUCGGUUUCAGCAAUAAAAAUAUUAUUGUUACAAAGGAAAGGAAGAUCAUCAAAUAAUUCAUGUCAGGAACCUACGGCUCCUCCUCCUCCUCAUCAGCUUUGGUCGUAUUUUUCUUGUAUGUUGCUGCUUUCUGCUGCAUCUUUGGCAUAGCAGAAGCUCAAGCCACCACUGAUCCAUCUGAAGUGAGAGCUUUAAACUCAAUCUUUGCGCAAUGGAAGAUUUCGGCGAAUCAGCGGCAAUGGAACACCACCGGCGACCCUUGCAGUGGAGCAGCCACAGACUCCACCGACUUCAACAACAACGAUUACAACCCCUUCAUCAAAUGCGACUGUUCUUUCGACGCCAACUCCACUUGCCACAUUACCCAACUGAAAGUUUAUGCCUUGGAUGUCGUUGGUGUAAUCCCAGAUGAGCUAUGGACUUUGACUUUCCUUUUCAAUCUGAAUUUGGGUCAGAAUUACUUGACAGGGCCUCUCUCUGCAUCCAUUGGAAAUCUGACUGGCAUGCAAUACUUGAGCCUUGGAGUUAAUGCAUUAUCAGGCGAGCUACCGAAGGAACUCGGAAAUCUCACUGAUUUGAUAUCAUUCGCUUUUGGAGCAAACAACUUUUCUGGUCCUCUGCCAUCUGAGCUAGGGAGUGUAUCAAAACUAAAAGAGAUUUACUUUGAUAGUUCUGGAGUUAGUGGCGAAAUUCCAUCAACAUUUGCUAAUCUGCAAAACUUGGAGACACUUUGGGCAUCGGACACUGAACUGACUGGCAGGAUACCUGACUUCAUAGGAAAUUGGUCAAAGCUUUCUGUCUUGAGGCUUCAAGGAAACUCUUUUGAAGGUCCUAUACCAGUUACAUUUUCCAAGCUGACUUCUCUGACAGAGCUGCGAAUUAGUGAUUUAUCCAAUGUCAACGGGAGCUCAUCUCUUGGAUUUAUUAAGGAUAUGAAGUCUCUCAGUAUUUUAGUGCUGAGGAAUAACAAUAUUUCUGAUUCAAUUCCUUCCAACAUUGGAGAAUACCAAAGUUUGUCUCAGCUGGAUUUGAGCUUCAACAAUUUAACUGGACAGAUACCAGGCUCGCUGUUUAACUUGAGUUCGCUCUCUAUUCUGUUUCUUGGAAACAAUAAGUUGAAUGGUACCCUGCCUGAAUCUAAAAAUCCGUCUCUUCUCAACAUAGAUUUAUCUUACAAUAAUCUACUGGGGAGCUUUCCUUCAUGGGUCAACGAAGAAAAGUUACAGCUUAAUUUAGUGGCCAACAACUUCAGCAUAGAAAGUUCAAACAGCAGUGCACUACCUUCAGGGUUGAAUUGCCUUCAACAGAACUUUCCUUGCAAUCGUGGCACUGGACUCUAUUAUAACUUGGGGAUUAAAUGUGGUGGUCCUCAGAUUACAUCUUCCAACGGCAUUGUGUAUGAGAAUGAAAAUCAGACCCUUGGUCCAGCUACAUAUUUUGUGACUGGCACAAGCAGAUGGGGAGUUAGCAAUGUUGGAUAUUUCACUGGGAGCAAAAAUCCUCAAUAUACAAGUUUCUCAUCAUCCCAAUUCAAAAAUACUUUAGAUUCUGAGAUAUUCCAGACUGCAAGGCUUUCAGCUUCAUCACUUAGAUACUAUGGCUUGGGCCUUGAGAAUGGUAACUACACUGUGACCCUUGAAUUUGCAGAAACAGCUAUCCUAGAUUCUACUACAUGGAAAAGUCUUGGAAGACGUGUAUUUGAUAUUUAUAUCCAGGACAAUCUGUUUCUAAAGGAUUUUGAUAUACGGAAGGAGGCAGGUGCAUCUUUCCAAGCCGUACAGAAGGAGUACACGGCUCAGGUUUCAGAGAACUACCUAGAAAUUCAUCUCUUUUGGGCUGGAAAGGGGACUUGCUGCAUACCUGGGCAGGGUACAUAUGGACCUGUUAUUUCAGCCAUCAGUGCUACACCAGAUUUCAUACCUACUGUCAGUAACAACCCCCCAACUAGUAAGAAGAAUAGGACUGGGCUGAUUGUAGGAAUCGUUGUUGGUGCUGGAGUUUUAAUUCUGAUUGUGGCUGCUUUCUAUAUUUUCCAAAGAAGAAAAAGUCCUAACACAAUGGACGAUGAAGAGCUGUUUGGGAUAGAUAUCGGGCCACUCACUUUCAGCUUUUCGGAACUGAAGUCAGCUACAAAUGACUUUAAUCCAGCUAAUAAGCUUGGGGAGGGAGGAUUUGGACCUGUCUAUAAGGGAACACUUAAUGAUGGAAGAGUAAUUGCUGUGAAGCAAUUGUCUGCAGCAUCCCAUCAAGGAAAGAACCAGUUUGUAACUGAGAUUGCCACUAUCUCUGCCGUGCAACACAAUAACCUAGUGGAUUUGUACGGAUUCUGCGUUGAGGGAGAUAAGCGACUCCUUGUUUAUGAGUAUCUAGAGAACAACAGUCUUGAUCAAGCAUUAUUUGGAAAAAGAAGUUUGAAUCUUGAUUGGUCAACACGUUUUGACAUAUGCUUGGGCGUCGCAAGAGGUUUAACUUAUCUUCAUGAGGAAUCAAGGGUUCGAAUUGUGCACAGAGAUGUGAAGGCCAGUAAUAUCCUGCUUGACUCUAAUCUCAUCCCCAAAAUAUCAGAUUUUGGUUUAGCCAAGCUUUAUGAUGAUAAAAAGACCCACAUCAGUACCCGGGUUGCAGGAACAAUUGGGUAUCUUGCCCCAGAAUAUGCCAUGCGUGGACACCUUACAGAGAAGAGUGACGUCUUUGCGUUCGGUGUUGUGGCCCUAGAAACUGUCAGUGGUAGGCCAAAUUCUGACCCGAGUUUGGAUGAAGAAAAGAUUUAUCUUCUUGAAUGGGCUUGGUACUUGCAUGAAACCAAACGUGAAGUUGAACUAGUGGACUCCAGAUUAUCCGAAUUCAACGAGGAAGAAGUAAAACGAGUAAUUGCUAUAGCAUUUUUGUGCACUCAAGCAUCACCAUUGCUACAACCAUCGAUGUCCCGUGUGGUGGGAAUGCUUUCAGGAGAUAUCGAAGUGGCGACUGUAACUUCAAAGCCUGGUUACUUGACUGACUGGAAAUUUGAUGAUAUAAGUGGUAUAAACAGUACGACUAUCGAUAUGUCAACUAAAGGAACUGAUUCUAGCGUUUACAACUCGUCGGCAAGUACAACCGUGGUGGGGGAUACAAGUCAAUUACCUGCAAAGGCCACUCAACCCUUAAUUUACAGUACUGUUAGCAAUGGCAGGUGAGAAUUUUGAUGGACUUGAAUAAAGAGGUACAGCUCUAGUGAUUGAGGUUUUUCUUUAUUGUUUUUCUUGGGAGAGUUAGGAAUGAAUAUACACAUAAUUUUUAAUUCUUGUUCAUAUAUGUAAUUAUAUGUAUAAAAAAAUUCUUAAUUCAUUGUCUUUAUAUCUUAUUCUGUA